AUGGUUCUGGAGCUCCACUAUUUAAAUUUUGGCAAGAUAGAAACCAGUACCUCUGGCAGCACCAAGAAAACCCAUUACAAAGCUGCCAACUUGAAGGGCGAGCAGUUCCAGGGGUACUUGGAGAAGUCAGGGGUGCUGGACACGCUGACCAAGGUUUUAGUAGCCUUAUAUGAAGAACCAGAGAAACCUAAUAGUGCUUUGGAUUUUUUAAAGCAUCACUUAGGAGCUGCUACAACAGAAAAUCCAGAAAUAGAGCUGCUUCGCCUAGAAUUGGCAGAAAUGAAAGAGAAAUAUGAAGCUAUUGUAGAAGAAAAUAAAAAAAUGAAAACAAAGGAGAAACUUGCUCAGUAUGAACCACCUCAGGAGGAGAAGCGUGCUGAAUAG